GGCAAUUUACCCACCGCAUCAACUGAGUUCCACCCACUUUCUUCAAUCGCCCGCUCACACCGGGAUCUACAACCAAGUAAACCCACCAAAAGAAUGCAGUACCUCUGAUCCAACACCAACCCGACAUACCGUACCACAACUUCGCGCGAGAUUUGCCGCCCAGCAUGAACAACGACCAAUUCCGCCGCCUCGUCCUCGACACCCCGUCCAGCAGCAACAACAAUGCGCGCAACCAGAACACAAAUAACCCGGGUGCAACGCCCUCGGCCGCCACUGCAGCGCUGGGCUCGCGACUCCGCUCGAGCAUCCCUAUGACGCCCCGCGCUCUCAACACCACGAAAUCCUCCCUGCACAACGACUUCGCGCGCCAACUCGCCGAUCACCGCCGGGAGCAGUUGGGCGGCGGUGCACAUCCGGCGAAACGGUUUAAGUCGUCGGCUGCGCCGAAGGGGACGAAAUUGCCGGAGGGGUAUCGGGAUCGGGCGGCGUUGUUGCGGAGUGCUGAGGAGGAUGGGGAUAAUAAUGGGGAUGGGGAUACGACUGCGGCUACUGCUGGGGAGAAGGGGGAGUUGGAGAAGCGCGUGAAGGCGUUGGAGGAGAUGGUGAAGUUGGGGCAGAUUGAUCAGGGGACGUUUGAGGGGUUGAUUCGGGAGAUGGGCGUUGGUGGGGAUCUGGGGAGUACGCAUAUGGUUAAGGGGUUGGAUUGGGAGUUGUUGCGGAGGGUGAGGCAGGGGGAGGAUGUUUCGGUUACGGUGACGAGGAAGGGGGAGGGUGAGGGGGACCAGAAGGUGGGGGAUGUGGAUGAUGAGUUGGAUCAGGUGCUUGGGGAGGAGGAAGCUGGGGUCGACGGGUUGCCUUCUGCUCCCAAGGAACAGAAGGUCAAGAAGAAGGGGAUCAUGGCCCCGCCGCCUCUGUCGUCGAGACUGGAGCAGGUCGAGCCCGGCGUGCCGAGGUCUAGGGAUGAGAUUCUGAGGCAGUUGAAGGCUAGUCGUGCUGCUGCUGCGGCGGCGGCGGCGCGGCCGGUUGAGCCCGCGCUGGGGGAUCGGUUCAAGCGGAUCGGGAGUGAGUCGAAGGUCGAGAAGAAGCGGUGGAUCGAGCAGGAUGAGACUGGUCGCCGGAAAGAGAUCCUCCAGGUCACGGACGCGCAGGGCAAGGUCAAGCGCAAGGUGCGAUGGCUGGAUAAGCCGGGUGAGGCGCCUGCGCCUGCGCCUGCUGCUAAACCGCUGGGCAUGGAGGUUCCGGCUGAGUUCGCGGCCAAGGCUGCGCCGGCCCCGGCGGAGGAGGAAGACGACGAUAUCUUCGCCGGAGUGGGAGCGGACUACAACCCGCUGGCAGACUUGGGAGACGAGGACGAUUCAUCGUCGUCCGAUGAAAGUGACGACGGCGAGGUCGCUCGGAAGAAGUCCGUGACUACAGACACAGCUCCAGCGGAGGCUACUGCGGAUAUGGAGAAGACACCUGUCGAGGACACCACAGGCCGGCCACGCAACUACUUCGCUACUUCGACGACGGAAGAAGUCCCCGAGAUCGAUCGUUCGAAUCCCUUGGCUAAAGAUGCUACGCUACUGGCCGCUCUCAAACGGGCGGCGGCCUUGCGACAAUCCGAGGAGGCUGCUGGGGAGGGAGAGGAGGACGUCGACGCGGAAACAGCCUUGCGGCGCAAGAAGUUCCUGGAAGAGGCGCGGCGGCGUGAGGCGCUGGAUGCGAUGGAUAUGGACAUGGGCUUCGGAGGCAGUCGGGUGGGCGAUGAAGAGGACGACGAGGAAGUGGUACUCGAGGGCGAAGGCCGGGGUGGGAAGAAGAGGAAACGAGGACCCAAAAAGAAGAAGGGCGACAAGAACAGCGCGUCAGAUGUGCUGCGUGUUAUGGAAGGUCGGAAGCAGGGGUAGUGAAUGUAUGUGAGUCAGGGGGCUGGUGGUUGGUGAAUAUCAGUGAAUCUUG